AUGUCUGCAAGCUACUAUGCAUGCUCCUCAAACACUCCCAACCUGACCCUUUACUUUCUCGAUUCAUCCUCGCGCCUACGCCAGCUCCACACCGCGAACCCGGACGACUCCGACUGGACCACCGGUCCCCUCGAUUCGAUCACGAACGUACCCGACGCCACGCACUUAGCCUCCUACAGCUGCCAGCACCCUUCGUACCCGGAUUAUUCUGACAUAUGGUACCAGGAUUCCAACGGCUAUUACCAGAUCAUCGACGCCUUCGGUAGAAGCAAGACGAAGGUCGACAGCACGCUCGGCUCUUCAAGAGACGUCACGGUGUUGAAGCCGCCGCAAAACUCGAGCCUCGCCUUCGUCCCGCACUACAUAUACGACUACAACCAAACCACCAAAAACCCGUGGCUCUCGGUGUUCUUCGUUAACGACGAUGUGCUGUGGGAAUACCAUUACAAGAACAACCAAAUGACCUUCUCGAAGCAUUUCGACAAACCGAACGACCCCAGCCUUCCACCCUCGGCCAACAUCGCCGGGUUCAGCUGGGGCUACAACCAGGAUCUCCCCAACGUCGGUGGGAUGCAGGUCCUGUACACGAUGCCGGAUGACGACACCGGCGGCAUCUCCAUGUGCAAGCUGAACAAGAUAUCAGACGAGGGGACGUGGCAGUACACGAACGCCAAGUUCACGAACAAUCCGUUCAAAGGCGUGGCGCGGUACUCGUCGGUCGCGGCGACCGAGGCUGGGAGGGUGUACGCUGUGGUGGACGAUGCGGGGAAGGUGGAGUUGAGGGAGUGGGAGUACGUGCAGGACGAAGAUACGUAUAGAUCACUGGGCACUGUCAAUACGGAAGUAUCUCAAGGUUAA